AUGGCAUCACCCUCUCCUCCCUCUUGGCCUCACGAGAAGCAUCGUCAGUUACUCUCGCGCGACGAUUACAUCGACUUGCGCAAUUCCCAGGACCAGCAGCUGAACGCCGAGUUCACGUCCGUUCGAUGCUCUAUCGACCUCGUGCGGCAGGAGCUCAAAAACGAUAUCGGCCUCGUCAAGGAAGAAGUCGGCCUCGUCAAGCAAGAGCUUAGAGAAUUUAAGGACGACGUCAAGGCCCAGACCCAGCGUCUUGAAGCCCAGAUCCGUCAAUCCCAUGCCUACAUGCGGAACAACGCCUUAAAGAAUCCAUCUCUCCCAAUCCGCCCUGUCGUUGUGUAUCGCCCUGAACAAGGCAUCCUCGAACCCGAACUUUCACAAUUUCCCCGAAACGCGAACGAGUUUUAUUCCUUGAGGGACCCUCGAACGGAUCGGCACCGGUCGAUGUUGGCGUAUCUCGCUGUCUUCUACGAUGUCCGACUCAGAACUGCAGACUAUCCUUCAGAAGAUGACAGUGGCGACGACGAAACAUUCCUUGACCGCCCCGAUAUUGUUGUGGAAAAGCUGGAGGACAUACUUGGCUUGAACGAAGAUAAAUUUGACAAGUUUAGGGAAAGGGCACGCCAAUUAGCAACGCAGUCCCCCUCGAAACCUAUCAAACGCUCGCAAAUUUUCCUCCCCGACGAGGAAUCGAUCCCUAGUACACGCCGACAGAGACUUGAGCUGCGUCCGACCGACGCCAGAGAUGGAAAGUUACACAUUCACGAUAACGGAGGCCGCCAAAGUCCCAAAAGCGCCUCUUCAGAAGACUUGACCAAUGCCCGUCUCGGAUGGGGGACCCGCUCAACCCCUUCCUCGCGACGACUCCGAAUACGCCAUUCUCAAGAGCCCGAGCACGUGCCUGUAGCACCCGGAUCCCAGCCCGAGGUACCGAAGUCUGAGACUGAGGCGACAGUUAGCGAUAGCGAGACACAUGCAUUCACGAGCUCACGGGAACCUUAA